AUGUCUGAUAUUAUUGAAGUGAUGAUUUAUUGUCUUGUUCUUGGCGAUGCUAUUAAUGCUUCGUUCUCAGUUCGCGGUGGGAGUGACAUGAACGUUUCUGAACUGAAGAUUUUCAUUAAAGAUCUCCUGAAACCUCGGUUUGAUGCUUUUGCUGCGAAUCAAUUAAAACUGUGGCAGGUGGAUAUUCCUACCAAUGAUAUAGACUUAGAUGACAAAGUAAAUGCCGACAAUAUCGAAAAAGAACUAAAGGGUGUGCUGUUGUCGUCUCCAUUUCAGACUGUUGGAGAUUAUUUUAAACAUUUACCUUCUAGUAAAAACAUCCGAAUUAUCGUGAAAGCACCUGAUAAAAUUAAUCCAGAAAAUUAUAACCGUGAUCGCCCUCCUUUGAAUGAGCAAGAGUUUUGGGAGGAACUUACGGCCGCCCAAAUUGUCUUUAAAUUACCAGUCAAUUUCGAUGAAACUACAUUUAUGUCUGCGGAAUUAUCAGAAUAUAUAAAUGUUCAAGGAAAUGAAGCAAUUUUAAAUGAUCGUGUAAUGUUAAAUGCACAAGACGAAUUAAUAAAUAACAAUGGUGAGCCCAUAAUGGUCAAAUCGACAAAAAUCAAAAUGAAUUAUGUGAAAUUUCUACGUCUUCGUAAGCCGCCAACUGGAGUAGUCUACGGAAUAUCCACACAAGAAAUAUUAAUAAGGAAGUCAUACUUACAAAUGAUUGAAAAGAUUGAAUACGAUCGUGCCCAUGAGUAUAAAGAAGGCUGUGUCAUAAUUGGAUCUCCUGGAAUUGGGAAAACACAUUUUUCGCUAUAUUUGGCGUUUUAUAUAUCUCGUCGAUAUCAUUUUUCAGAUAUAGUCUAUCACCAAUCAUUCCGAGAUCAAUCUCGUGCUCUUCAUAUCAAAUCUGACAAAAGUGUAAUGAGAAUCAUUAAUCUAGAACGUGAAUUCCCACUAGAAGGCUUUUAUAUUGCUGAUUCUGUAAUCCUCGCCCCCUAUAAAACAGCAUUUACGUUCCUGGUUACGAUUCCAAAAAGGCAUGAAUUUACAAAAGAAUAUGUUAGGAAAUAUUACGCACCAAUUUGGACUGAGGAAGAAAUUUGGGACGUUUGGAAUGUAUUGUAUAAAACUAAGAUAUUAGAAAGUCGAGUCAAAGAGUUGAUUAGACGAUGGGGAUGUAUCCCACGAAGAAUUUUUUGUGAAUAUAACGAUGAACCGAAUGUCAAUGAUAUAGUAUCUCAGUGUGAUGCCUAUGCUUACCUUAAAUGCAAUGGAGGAGCUUUAGGUGACAAUUAUUCCGGAAAAGCUAUACAUAUAAUUCCUAACUCUGAUUUUACAGAUAAAACAUACGUACCUGCUUCAACGGAAAUAUGUGAGGCACUGUUCAGGCACUAUAAAGAUUACACGAAAGAAAUAAUUAUCAAAGUAAUCCGAAAUUUCGUGAGAGGUGCUGGUGGUACAUUAGCUAGAAGAUUUUUUGAAUUGAUGGCACAUGAUGUUUUGAGUAAUGGUGGCACUUUUACAGUACGACGGUUAACCAAAGAUGGCAUUAAACAACCUGAAGAAGUAUUUUAUCUUCAAAAUUUGCAACUCAAACAAUUUCGUAAUAUUAGUGAAAUAACUCCGGGAUAUUACAACAUUCCUGAAGAUGCAAAUUUUGAAUCUGUUGACGCCAUUGCACCUCAAUGUAACGGAAUUCAUCAUUUACAACAGCAGAAACACAUGAUAUCAAAUAAAUUGGAAAAUCAUCUGAAAAACCUACCAAUCCACCUAUACUUCGUUGUUCCAGAUAUAGGCGACACGUUCAAUAAUUUUUAUUUGCAAAAGUAUGUUACAGCAGGAAACACAGAAUAUUCAGGGUGGCAAUUGAAACAUACUGAAUGGAUUAAGAAUAGAGCUGAUCUUCAUCUACCUCUAGAUCUUCAAUCUGCUUUGAACACUGGUGCAUGGAGUACUUAA